AAGAAAUACUUCAGCCUUUAUUGCUUUUGUAGCAGGACGUACUUUGUUACAGAAAGACCGCAGGAACAAACCAAAAGCAACCUGAAGGUAACCUCCCCUGAGGAUGCUGAGCACCUAAUCAUCAGGCAGGCAUCCCCAAAUGGGUCAGCUCCUUCUAGAGGGGACGUCAAAGGCAGCAGGACUGUCCCUCGAAGGCACACACUAGGAGGGGCUCGCACCUCCCGAGAGAUCCUGGCGAUGCAGCCACCAGAUAUGGACAAGAAGAGAGAAGCCUUCCUGGAGCACCUGAAGCACAAGUACCCCCACCAUGCCUCAGCAAUCAUGGGCCACCAGGAGAGGCUCAGAGACCAGAGCAGAAGUCCAAAGCACGGCCCCAGCCCCCAGCCGAGUGUCGGCGAUCAGGUCGACCACCUAUCCCUGGCUUCUGUAGAAUCAUUGGACGCCAUGUCUGAGACUGAUGCACCCACAGCCUUUACCCGGGGCAGCCGGGUUCGUGCCAGCCUUCCUGUUGUUCGAUCAACUAAUCAAACAAAGGAUCGCUCACUAGGUGUUCUUUACCUGCAGUAUGGUGACGAGACCAAACAGCUCCGCAUGCCCAAUGAGAUCACCAGCAUCGACACCAUCAGAGCUCUGUUCGUUAGUGCCUUCCCGCAGCAGCUCAACAUGAAGAUGCUGGAGUCCCCCAGUGUUGCCAUCUAUGUCAAAGACGACAUGAGGAAUAUGUACUACGAACUUGCAGACGUCAGGAACAUUACAGACCACUCCUGCCUGAAGGUGUACCACAAAGACCCAGCACAGGCAUUCAGCCAUGGGACCCGACCUGCCAACGGUGAUGCCAGGAUGCACAGCGAGAUGGCACACACUGCUCGUGAUGGCCAGCACCCUCUAAGACAUCCACCCAUGGGUCCCCCCUCACACCAUCCCAUGCAGGGAGCACUCCCCCCAACUCCCCACUCAAUGCCUCCCUCACCCUCCAGAAUCCCGUUUGGCCCCCGACAGAACUCUGUACCUGGGAGUGCCACUAUCCCAAGAGACAGAAUGUCUAAUGCAAAUCCUCCUGCACGUUCCAACUCUCCCUGUCCUAGCGCUAUACUUGAGAGACGAGAUGUCAAGCCGGAUGAGAACUUGGGUGGGAAGAGCCACAGUCUAGCUAGGGGGAAUGAGGGGUUGUAUGCAGAUCCAUAUCUACUCCAGGAGGGGAGAAUUGGGAUGGCUACUGCCCACGGACCACACCCAGAACUUGGCAUGGGGACAUUCCACCGUGCCUCCAUCCACUCCACAGGCUCUUAUGGUGGGCCCAGUCCUACAGACACUAUAGAUCAUCCUUCUCUUUACAGGCAGAAGUCCAGAAACAGCCAACUGCCGGCUUUGGAUCCCAAGACUCCUCCUCCAUCCCCUCACCGGAUGAAUGAGGUGCGAAUGAUUGAUAUGCAUGGCAUGCCUCCUCAUGGUCUGCCACCUCAUGGCAUGCCACCUCAUGGUGUUCCCCUGGAAAGAGGCUCACCAGUGCGACAGUCCUUUAGGAAGGAUGAAGUUACAGGGACUAAGCCCAAGAACAGUGUGGGUUCACCUGUGAUUGCAGACCCUCAGGGUUACCCCCAGAGUCCUCUUUCAGCUCAAAAUGACCAAGAGCGAAUGAAGUUUAUGGAGCAACAGAUUGCCAGCUUGAGUGGUCUUGUUCGUCAUGCACUUUUAAAGAACCCAAACUCUAGUGGCAACAAGGCGCCUCAAAGUGAAAGACCACCGAAGACCUCAUCUCCAGCCCACAGUGCUCAUAGUUCAGGUGGUUCUCCAGUUUUGGCUUCUAAAAGCAGUGCAGCCUCAUCAGACAAGACCUUAGCUCCGAUCAAAGUCAACCUCCUGCAGUUCAAGAAGAAUGUUUCUGACCUCAGGUUGCAACUCCAUCAGAUGAGACAGCUGCAGCUCCAGAAUCAGGAUGUGUUACGGGUGCAGCUGAAGCGAGCAGAGCAGGAAAUCAGUAUUAAGCUCACAGAGGCCAUGCGGCGUCUUGAAGACCCUGUCCAGAGGCAGCGAGUUAUGGUGGAAGAGGACAGGCAGAAGUACUUGGGUAUGGAGGAGCGUGUCCUCACACAGCUAAGUGAGUUGGAACUAUACGUAGGUUCUCUGCAGAGCGGCUCAGCAGCAGCACACAGAGUGAUGACCCUAAAGGAUGUGGAGGAGGGAGCCGUUACUCUGAGGAAGGUGGGAGAAUCACUGGCAGGCCUUAAAGGAGAGUUUCCAGCCCUGCAAACCAGAAUGCGAGCUGUCCUCAGAGUCGAGGUGGAGGCUGUCAAGUUUUUGAAGGAGGAGCCUCACAAACUCGACAGCAUGUUGAAACGGGUCAAGAGCCUGACCGACACCCUCAGCACUCUGAGAAGAUGUGCAACAGAGGGUUCUCAUAAAGGACUUGAUUCGUCUAAUAAUAAGUCAGUGGGUAACGUUGAUUUAACCACUAUAGAAACCACUGCAGAAGCUCCCCCAGUAUCAGCCCAGCCUGGCUCAACCUCAGCAACGCCGGAGGCCCAGAGCUCCACGGUCAAAUCCGAGGUGAUGCCCUCCUCCCCAGUGGUCAUCCAUCAUGUCCAGAGUUCCCUAGUUCACAUGCAGCAGUCUCAGCAGUCUGCAGCCCUCAGCACUCAGCCCAGUCCUCCCCUUACCCCAAGCUCCAGUCUCAUCCUCACUGCCAACCUUAACACCACUCGUGGAAUGGAGGAUUCCAAGGGGGUCAUUUCAGAUCCACCAAGUCCUGUCCAUCAAAAGAAGACUCAUAGGAAUCCGGUGAAUAAUGGGAACGGCACCCAACAUCAAGAUCUUGUUAUAGAAGAGCUGCAAAACAGUCAGGACAAAAGCAAAAACAGAGCUAUCUCCAUAGAGGCUAAAGAGAAGGAGUGGGAAGAGAAGAGGCAGAACAUGGGUCAUUAUGAUGGAAAGGAGUUUGAGAAGAUCCUUCAAGAGGCUCAGGCCAACAUGAUGAAAGGAAUUCCAAGUCUGGAGGUAGAAGAAAACCAGCCACUGCCUGCUGCUGGGAUUGUAGAACAGGGGGACAUUCCCAGCCCUGUCAACUCACCGUCAGUGGAGCCUCAGUUAGAGAAACUCUCUAAGAAGGGGUUGGAGAAACUCACAAAACCUCUAAUGGAAAUAACUGCUAAGCCAGCACUGGAGAGACCCUCGAAAGUUGCCAUCAAGCCUGCAGCUGCUGACAGUUUGUCCAAGCAGGGGCCUGAUAAAUCCAACAAGUCUCCGCCACCUCCUCCUCCGAGGAAAACCUUCUCUAGCUCCAGCACCGGAAUGACAACGACUCGUUCUGGUGAGGUGGUAUACACCACCAGGAAGGAGAGCAUCUCUGCACAGGAGGGUGAGGAGGAUGUUCCACCUUCCUCCCCCCAACCAAAGCCAACGAAGGUUCUCCCAGAGACCAAGCCAAAGCCUGCUACACCUCCUCUCGUCACUCCUUCUGUUACCAGAGAAGAGGAGGAUGAUGGGGAUAAGAUUAUGGCGGAGCUUCAGGUCUUCCAGAAGUGCACAGUUAAGGAUAUAGGGGUGAAAAAUUCGGUUGAACCUACUACUCGAAUUGAACCCCAAAUCAAAGAAUUAAGACCAGGAACUUUGUUACCGCUCAAAGAGAAAAAGAGCUCAGAGCCCAGUCGAGAAGAUAAAGAUCCAGAAACUGAUGAAAACGGAAACACAACUAUGCGACAGAGCCCAGGGGUUAUUUAUUACGUGACUGGCCAGAUUCCCAAAGAUCAGGCACCCCCAUCAGGACUGGAAGGCGUCCCAGAAAACAGAGAGCCCACACAACCUCCAACACAGAACACCAGUGUCGCUUCCCCAACUAGUCGGAUGCCCGUUCCUUUGUCUGCAAAGUCCAGGCAGUCGCCGGCUGCAUCUGACAAAGCAGGAAAACAGCAAAAACUGCAGGAUGCUCAGAGGCAGUUUCGGCAGGCUAACGGAAGUGCUAAAAGAGUGGGAGGGGAUCAUAAAACUACUUCCCCCACUAUACCCAUCUCUAAAAUCCCUGCUUUUUAUCCUAGCUCUGCUAAAAGCAGCUCCCAGUCUGCACAAAACUCAGAUGCUACUAAUCCCAUUAACCCAUCUUCCUCCUCCUGUCCCUCUGCGACAAAAUCCUCCAUCCUUUCCUCUCACGCUCCUCGUCCCGGUUCCCUCCCCUCCUCCCAUAUCCCCUCACUGUCUAAUGGAUCCCUCAAACUCCCCACACCUUCACAGCACACAGGUAAAACUCUGUCAUUCUCCUCACAGACAAACGGUCGAGCGCACUCCUCCUCUUCAUUCUCCUCCUCUUUCUCCCCCUCCCCUCUGUCACCCACACCAUUGGGCCCAGGUGGAAAGAGCAUCCGCACCAUACACACCCCCAGCUUCACCAGCUACAGGGCCCACAACGGCAGCAACGGCAAAUCCUGCAUCCCAACAGUCACAGCGGCUAAGGACACGACUUAGCCUCAGUAUCGCCCCUCAGGUAGACCUGAUUGUGUUUCAUGUAAAAUAGUUUUGGUUUGGGUUUUUCUUUUUUUUUUACUUUUAAAGUAUUUUUAAUAAAUGCACUUCCUCUAUUCAUAUUUUGACACUGGCAUUCGCACACUGCUUCUUUGCCAUCUCGUUAUCAUUUAUUUUUCAA